CCGGUCCAGGGUGUCCGUUAGCGUCCACUUGAGCACCUUCAGUCACCAAAAUGGCGAAUGUGGUGCUGGAGUUUAAAUCUUCUGCCGGUGACUCAGAGCCACAAAGUCGCCCUGUCCUGAUCAUCGGGCAGCAGACCAACCUGCAGCAGGUCACCUGGAGCCAGAUCAAAGGCAAACUCCAGCCGGUUGUUAGCAAAGAGAUCUGGCAGGCAGCUCUGAGUACUUUAAACCCAAACCCCACGGACAGCUGCCCGCUGUACCUUAACCAUGCUGCAGUGGCCACCCUUCCUUCACGGGUCAGCAGGCACAACAGCCAGUCUUCUGCCCACUUUGUGUCCCGUCUGGUCCGUUCCUGCCUCCCUGGAGGGAAUAACCGCUGCAUUGUGAUGGUGUGUGAGCGGUCAGAUGUGUUUGCGUCCUCUUGUGCCAUUGCCAGGGCCUUCCCCAUCUUCUCUCGCCGCUCCACAUCCUCACGCAGAGCUGAGAAGAAGCAUGUAACUGUGGAGUUUUUGAUUGUCGGGCAAGACGCCAACCCUCUAGAGGCUGCAGAGCUUGAGUGUCUUUCUAACGCUGCUGAUGGAGUCCGGCUGGCAGCUCGUAUUGUGGACACUCCAUGCAAUGAGAUGAACACAGACCACUUUUUAGAUGAAAUCAGGGCUGUGGGAUCUGAACUUGGAAUCACUCCAGUCAUCAUUCGUGGAGAGGAACUGAAACAAAGAGGGUUUGGAGGUAUUUAUGGUGUUGGAAAGGCAGCAGAGCAUCCUCCUGCAUUAGCAGUAUUGAGUCACACUCCCGAUGGCGCUACACAAACCAUUGCAUGGGUGGGCAAAGGAAUUGUGUAUGACACUGGUGGACUCAGCAUUAAGGGAAAGACGACAAUGCCAGGGAUGAAAAGAGACUGUGGUGGAGCCGCUGCUAUUCUGGGGGCUUUCAAGGCCACCAUUAAACAGGGCUUUAAGGAUAAUCUCCACGCAGUGUUUUGUCUCGCAGAGAACUCAGUUGGACCCACAGCCACGCGACCUGAUGAUAUCCACAUACUCUAUUCUGGAAAGUCGGUGGAAAUCAACAACACUGAUGCAGAGGGCAGGCUGGUGCUGGCUGAUGGAGUGGUGUAUGCCAGCAAAGACCUGUCAGCUGAUAUUAUUCUGGAUAUGGCUACACUGACAGGGGCACAGGGAAUCUCCACAGGAAAGUACCAUGCAGCUGUGAUGACAAACAGCGAGCAGUGGGAGGCUGCAGUUGUGCGCGCAGGCCGCAGUAGCGGAGAUCUCGCUCACCCUCUGGUCUACUGCCCCGAACUGCACUUUAGUGAGUUCACCUCUGCCAUGGCUGACAUGAAGAACUCUGUGGCAGAUCGAGAGAAUGCCCAGAGCUCCUGUGCUGGCCUCUUUAUUGCAUCUCACCUGGGCUUUGAUUGGUCUGGUGUGUGGGUCCAUGUUGACAUUGCCUCUCCUGUUCAUGCUGGGGAGCGUGCCACGGGAUUUGGUGUUGCUCUGCUCAUGGCCCUGUUUGGUCAGGCAUCCGAUGACUCCAUGCUGAACCAAGUUUCUCCUCUGGGCGCACCCGCCAACAUGUCCGAAGACCGCAUGGAACGUGACUGCAAGCGACGAAGACUGGUGUAAAAAUGACACGGUUCACUCCCUGACUGCUCCUGUGCCACCACACACUCAAACUGUUAAAGCAAGUGCUUGUCAAAUUUAGAGUUAAAAUUUAGAGUUAAAAUGUUUAAAGCCGAGUUGGCAUUCUGCGUUUGACAUCACUCAAACAGGAUAAAGUAAAUCAAAUGUAUAGAUGAUUGUGAUCAAACACAGGCCCUCAUUUGUCCUCAUUACUUGGUACAGUACAAGGUGCGCUGAUCAACUCCUGAGCUUUUUCAUUAUUCAGUUCAUUGAUUAUAUUAAAACCUAAGCAAAGUGGGUUAUUUUAAUUCAGUAUUUUUGUUUUUUUAACAGAUUCUACAGUUAAUGCAGUUUAAAAAUUUUACCUCGUACCUCAAAUAUUGCUUUCAAAUGUCCACUUUAUCAGUAGGAAUUUCAUGUUUUAUGCAAAUCAAGGUUUAUGCCGUACAUGUUUUGUUUAAAAGUUAUGAAGAUUACUGGAUCAAGAUCAGUAAAGAUAGAUGUGUUUUUGGUAACCGCUUUGUAUUCACCCUAUGUAUCUUUGGACUGCCUAAUCUCUGGACCAAAAUGAGUGCUCACUGCACUUUUUAGCGGUUUCAUAAUGUCAGAUGACUGGUGACAUGCCUUGUCAGCAUAAAACACACCAGAUGUUAACUGUAAGUUGAAGUAUUAGUUUCCAGCACGUUUAUUUUCCAUUCAUAUGACAGUGUUGUCCUUCAAUAAAGGCGGUGCCAGCUGUC